UUACGUGGAGACGAAGAUGGCGGCUGCGCCGGGGACGAUCCUCCUGUGAGCCGGCUACGGGAGUUCGCGCGCGGCCGGCGGCGGAGCGCGGCGCCGAGUCCCGGCCCGCUGCCGUGCCCUCCUUCUCAAUCCGGCCCUUCCCUUUCCUCUUUCCUUGUCUCCUUCCUUCCCUCCCUCCCCAGCGCGGGCCAUGGAGGACGAGGAGCGACAGAAGAAGCUGGAGGCCGGCAGAGCCAAGCUUGCCCAGUUUCAGCAAAAGAAAGCUCAGUCUGAUGGACAGAAUCCUUCUAAGAAGCAGAAAAGGAAGAAAAAAUCAUCAGUCAGAAAAUAUGAAGAUUCUUCAUAUACUUCCAAUAUUGAUCAGUCACAGGGUGAGGAGUUGUACAUGACUAGCUCUCAAAGAGGAGCAUCAGUGACUCCUGAAUUCAGUAUAAUGAGAACAGUACACACUGGAGAAAUAAUCAAGCAUGACCAGUCAUAUACUCUUGAACCAGAAAGUGAAAUUUCAACCACUGCGGAUGAUUAUAGUUCAGAGGAAGAAGAAUUUGGAGUUGGUGAGUCUUAUUCUGAACAAGGAGCACAGUACCCUUCGACACGACUAGAGAUGAUGGAGAAUGAAUUGGCUGGGAAACAGCAAGAGAUUGAAGAACUAAACAGAGAACUAGAGGAAAUGAGGGCAGCAUAUGGCACAGAAGGAUUGCAACAGCUUCAAGAAUUUGAAGCUGCAAUUAAGCAAAGAGAUGGCAUCAUAACUCAGCUUACUGCUAACCUACAGCAAGCAAGAAGAGAAAAAGAUGAAACUAUGAGAGAAUUUUUAGAGCUGACAGAACAAAGUCAAAAGUUGCAAAUACAGUUCCAACAUUUACAGGCUAGUGAAACUCUGAGAAAUAGCAGUCAUAGUAGCACAGCUGCAGAUUUACUUCAAGCCAAACAACAGAUUCUCACUCAUCAGCAGCAGCUAGAAGAACAAGACCAUUUAUUAGAAGAUUAUCAAAAGAAGAAAGAAGAAUUCAAAAUGCAAAUUAAUUUCUUGCAAGAGAAAAUUAGAACUUAUGAGAUGAAGGAACAAAAUAAAGUAGAAGAUUCAAGUAAAAAGGAGUUACAGGAAAAGGAAUCAAUCAUUGAAGAGUUAAAAACAAAAAUAAUAGAAGAAGAAAGAAACUCACUUGAGCUGAAGGAUAAACUAUCAGCUACUGAUAAAUUAGUGGGGGAAUUAAAAGAACAGAUAAUAGAAAAGAAUCAAGAAAUAAAUAAUAUAAGACUAGAAUUAACUAAUUCUAAACAAAAAGAAAGACAAUGUUCUGAUGAAAUAAAACAAUUAAUGGGCACUGUUGAAGAACUUCAAAAGAAAAAUCACAAGGACAGCCAAUUUGAAACUGAUAUGGUACAAAGAAUGGAACAAGAAACUCAAAGGAAAUUGGAGCAACUCCGGGCGGAGCUGGAUGAAAUGUAUGGGCAGCAGAUUGUGCAGAUGAAACAAGAGUUAAUCAAGCAGCAUGUGUUACAGAUAGAUGAACUCAAUGCACGACAUAAAGGAGAACUGGAAAAUACUUUAAAAUCAUGUCCAAAUAUUCCAGUAAAUGAAAAUCAAAUACAAUUAAUGAAUAUGGCAAUUACUGAAUUGAAUCUAAAACUUCAAGAUACUAAUUCUCAAAGGGAAAAAAUAAAAGAAGAAUUAGAAGUAAUUUCAGGAGAAAAGUCCACUUUACAGAGACAACUUGAAGACCUUUUUGAAGAAUUAAGCUUUUCAAGGGACCAGAUUCAGAGAGCUAGACAGACAAUAGUUGAGCAGGAAGGUAAACUUAAUGAAGCACACAAAUUGCUUAGCAGUGUGGAAGAUUUGAAAGCCCAGAUUGUUUCUGCAUCUGAAUUCAGGAAGGAAUUAGAAUUAAAACAUGAAGCCGAAGUUACCAAUUACAAGAUAAAGCUUGAAAUGCUGGAGAAAGAAAAGAAUGCUGUGUUAGACAGAAUGGCCGAAUCUCAAGAAGCCGAAUUAGAAAGACUGAGAACCCAGCUGCUAUUCAGUCAUGAAGAGGAGCUCUCGAAACUCCGGGAAGACUUAGAAAUUGAACAUCAAAUAAAUAUAGAAAAACUUAAAGAUAACUUAGGUAUUCACUAUAAACAGCAGAUAGAGGAAUUACACAAUGAAAUGAGUCAAAAGAUAGAAACCAUGCAAUUUGAAAAGGACAAUUUAAUAACUAAGCAGAAUCAAUUACUUUUAGAAAUUUCAAAGCUGAAAGAUUUACAGCAAUCUCUCGUAAAUUCAAAAUCAGAAGAAAUGACCCUCCAAAUCAGUGAACUUCAGAAAGAGAUUGAAGUACUCAGACAAGAAGAAAAGGAAAAGGGCACACUUGAACAAGAAGUACAAGAGUUACAACUUAAAACUGAAUUUUUGGAGAAGCAAAUAAAAGAGAAAGAAGAUGACCUUCAAGAAAAAUUUACACAACUUGAAACUGAGAAUACCAUUCUUAAAAAUGAAAAGAAAGCUCUUGAAGACAUGCUGAAAAUAUAUUCUCCAGUUAGCAAAGAAGAAAACUUGAUUUUCAUAGAUGCAGUUAAGCCCAAGUCUGAAGAUUUUGACUGGCAAAAAAAAUUUGAUAUACUCCUGGAAGAAAAUGAAAAGCUCACAAAACAAUGCACUCAGCUAAAUGAAGAGAUCGAGAAGCAAAGGAACACAUAUUCAUUUGCUGAAAAAAAUUUUGAGGUUAACUAUCAGGAGUUACGAGAAGAAUAUGCUUGUCUUCUAAAGGUAAAAGCUGAUUUAGAGGAGAGUAAAAGCAAACAGGAAGUAGAGUAUCAAAUGAAGCUAAAGGCUCUUACUGAUGAGCUUUAUCAUUUACAGAGAAGUAAGCCAGUUUUAGUGAAAGCUAAAAGUGCAGAUUCUGAAAGCUGUAAAGAUGACAAGUCUUUCAUAGCAGAAAUUUCUGAAGUUGGUGAAGUUGUUGAGAAAGAUACGACAGAACUUAUGGAGAAACUUGAGGUGACCCAGCGAGAGAAAUUAGAACUUUCAGAGAGACUGUCAGAUCUUUCUGAACAGUUAAAGCAGAAGCAUGGUGAAAUUAAUCACCUAAGUGAGGAAGUUAAAUCUUUAAAGCAAGAGAAAGAACAAGUUUUAAAAAGAUGCAAAGAACUAGAAAUCAUAGUUGGCCAUAGUCGAGCAGAACAUGUGGAUGAGUUAAAACUUAAGCUGUUUGAUUUGAGAGAUGACAUUCAAACAGAAGGAAGCAAAGAUUCUAAAAAUCCUACAUUUAAAAUAAAUAAAGACUUUAGUGAAGGAACAAAGAUCAUAGAGGAAAAUAAAAUUUCAUUUGAAGAUGUGCCUGUUAAAAAAGAAAGCAAGCAAGAACUGGUGAAACCCGGAAGGUAUUCACUUUGGGAUCAUGUGGACUCUGUGACUGACCAGUUGGCGAAUGAGUCAUCAUCAUCAUCUUUGAUUAUUGCACAGAGUGAAAAUGACCAACUUCGGCAGGAACUCAGUAUUCUAAAAUCUGAACAGGAGGAUCUGAGGCUUCAGAUGGAGGCCCAGCGCCUUUGCCUGUCCCUGGUACAUUCAGCUCACGUGAAGCAGGUGCAGGUCUGCAUGGAAGAGGAGAGAGCAAGUGCACUAAGCAGCCUCAGAGAGGGUCUUGUCUCUGUUCAUGAAGAAGAGAUGAAGGAGCUUCAGAAAAUACAUAAUUUAGAACUGCAGAACGUAAAGAGGCAAGAAGCAGAUGAUGAAGGGAUGUCUUUAGAGGUGCUUAUGGAGAAACUCCACAAGGCAGUGAUGGAGGAAUGCUCUUGUUUUAACCGGUCUUUAUGCAACAGCUUUGGUACACGUAACACAGCUCCUUUUAAAUAUGAAGUAAAAGUAGAAGAAAGAGGAAUUCCUGAUGUUUAUUUCUCUGAUGUUCAAGAAGAUAGCCCAGAAUUGCAGAAUUGUACAUUUGAAGUUCAAGAUUUGCAAUCAAAUCUGCAAUCUCUUAUUAACAAAAUAGCAGAAGAAUACAACAAACUGUUGACACUUCAAUCACAACUAACUAAGGAUUGUGAAAAGAUUCAAGAGCAACAGGCUGAAAAUGCAAAACUUGAAUUUGCAAAAGAGGAAGAAAUGACUAAUCUUAAGACAACAGAAGCAAAGUGUUUAUCAAAAAUCUCUUCUCAGACUAAAAAUAUCGAUGUUACAGACAGUUUGCCUCCUCUAGAAGGCACAGAAAACAUGAAAAAUCAGCGUGGAGCACAAGAUGUUCAAGAACAAGGACCCCUUGCGGGUCAUUUCCAGCCACAGUUGAAAGAAGCAGGAGUAAAAGACCCUCCAGAGAGCCUCCAUUUGGAAGGGGAGCAUCAGCUCCCUAGAGAAUCUGUUCUCCAGCCAAGCUUAUUCACUGAAUCACUGACAAAUAUUGAUCAGGUUGUGCUGAAAACAAGAUAUAUUGAAAGUGGUCUUCAAAAGACCGAAGAUGGUUCAACAAAGUUUGCUAAUAAAACUGGAACAGAAGAAGAAAUGGAUAUUGUUCAGUUAUUGGAAAAACAACACCAAGAAAGGUUAGAGGAAGAAGUGGCUAAGGUCAUUGUGUCAAUGAGUGUAGCAUUUGCUCAGCAGAGUGAAAUAGCAAGACUUUCUAGGCAAAAGGAAGACAUCACAGCAGGGACACAUGCCUACCGACAAAAAGAACCUUUUGCAGCUGAUGUGAAGAGUUCUCAGAAUGAGUUUGGUGUUCAGGCUUUUGAGGCGGAAGAGAUGAAAUUUAAAGAACUGAAACCUCUUAGCAAAGAGUUGAGAGAAGAAGAGUCCAAGGCAAUGCUUUUAUCAAAUAGUAAUAAUCUCGAAAGCCCAUUUGAAUUGAAGGACCAAGAACUAGAUUUUUCAAGAGAAAUUUUCUCCCCACACAGAGAGUUUAUUUUUACAGACCAUCUCCAGGAUGAGAUUUUGGCAUCAAACACAGACACUUCUAGGCAAUUGAUGGUACACGAAGAGCAGUUGGAAGAUCUGAGGCAGGAGUUAGUGCGGCAGUACCAGGAGCACCAGCAGGCCACAGAGUUGUUGAAACAAGCUCACAUGCGCCAAAUGGAGAGACAGCGGGAAGACCAAGAGCAGCUGCAGGAAGAGAUCAAGAGGCUGCACAGGGAAUUAGCCCAGAGUGCCUCAAUAGAUAAUGAAAACCUGGUUACAGAAAGAGAGAGGGUGCUUUUAGAGGAGCUGGAAGCCCUAAAGCAGCGAUCAUUAGCUGGAAGAGAGAAGCUGUGUUGUGAGCUGCGCAGCAGCUGUACGCAGACACAGGAUGAAAGUGAGAACCAAGAAGUUGAAGAACAAAUCUUUCAAGAAGAAUUGGAAGCAAAACCUCAAACUGUGUCUUCUGACAUUCUCUCUAAAGAAAGCUUUCAUGGAGGGAUUUGGCCCCUCAGAUUUUGGCUCCCCCAUUGGAUCCUCAGUAUGGCGCACAAUCAGUGUGGAGCUCAGACAAGAAAAACAGUAUAUGCACUCCAGAAAGCUAAUAACAGACUCCUGAAGAUCCUGUUAGAAGUCGUAAAGACAAUAGCAGCUGUUGAAGAAACAAUUGGCCGUCAUGUUCUUGGUAUUUUGGAUCGAUCUAAUAAAGUCCAGUCAUCAGCCAACAUUGUUUGGAAGUCAGAGUCAGAAGGAACAGUGAAGUCCUGCAUCCGUGAGGAAGACAUAGAAGAAGAACCCAUAGGCUCUUACUGUGGAAGUGGCAUGCCAAGUAAUGCCACUAGCACAUGGUCAGAAAUAACUGAUGAAAGAAUGGAACUGUGUCAGCGUCUUCUAAGAUGUGGUUUUGCUGGAACUGAAAUAGACCCUGAAAAUGAAGAACUCGUCUUGAACGUUAGUUCUCGUCUGCAGGCAGCUGUUGAAAAGCUUCUGGAAGCCAUAAGUGAAACAAGUAACCAGCUUGAACAUGCCAAGGUUACACAGACAGAGUUGUUGCGUGAGUCAUUCAGACAAAAACAGGAGGCCACAGAGUUUCUGAAGUGCCAAGAAGAAUUACAAGAGCGACUCAAUGAAGAGCUGAAAGCAAGAGAACAAUUGGCUGUGGAGCUGAGUAAGGCAGAGGGUAUCAUUGAUGGCUAUGCAGAUGAAAAAGCUGUUUUUGAAAGGCAAAUUCAGGAAAAAACUGACAUGAUUGACCACCUUGAGCAGGAGUUGUUAUGUGUAGGUAACAGAUUACAGGAAUUGGAAGCAGAGAGACAACAGAUCCAGGAAGAAAGAGAAUUACUCUCUAGACAAAAAGAUGCCAUGAAAGCAGAAGCAGGACCAGUUGAACAACAAUUAUUGCAAGAAACAGAAAAACUAAUGAAGGAAAAACUAGAAGUGCAGUGUCAAGCUGAGAAGGUCUGUGAUGACCUUCAGAAACAAGUAAAAGCUCUGGAAAUGGAUGUGGAGGAACAGGUCAGCCGCUUUAUGGAGCUAGAACAAGAAAAGAACGCUGAGCUGACGGAUCUGAGACAGCAAAACCAGGCCCUGGAGAAACAGCUGGAGAAAAUGAGAAAAUUCUUAGACGAGCAAGCAAUUGAUCGGGAACAUGAAAGAGAUGUGUUCCAACAAGAAAUACAGAAGCUAGAACAGCAGUUGAAGGCUACCCCAAAGUUCCAGCCUAUCAGUGAGCAUCAGACGAGAGAGGUCGAACAAUUAACAAAUCAUCUCAAAGAAAAAACAGACAAAUGCAGUGAACUUUUGCUAUCUAAGGAGCAACUUCAGAGGGAUGUGCAAGAACGGAACGAGGAAAUUGAGAAACUGGAAUCCCGAAUAAGGGAACUGGAACAAGCGUUACUGAUUAGUGCGGACAAUUUACAAAAGGUAGAGAACCGAAAACAUUUUGGAGCUAUGGAAGCCAAAGAAUUGCCCUUAGAAGUACAAUUACAGGCAGAACGAGAAGCUUUAGAUAGAAAGGAAAAAGAGAUCACGAACUUAGAAGAACAGUUAGAGCAGUUUAGAGAAGAGCUGGAAAAUAAAAAUGAAGAAGUUCAACAGCUGCACAUGCAGCUAGAAAUACAGAAGAAAGAGUCCACUACUCGCCUAGAAGAACUCGAGCAAGAGAAUAGAUUGUUCAAGGAUGAAAUGGAAAGACUAGGUUUUGCUGUACAGGAAUUUGAAGAUGUUUCCACAAAAGACCAUCAUCAACUAUUUGGGAAAUUUACCCAGAUGAUACAGGAGAAAGAAUUAGAAAUUGGUAGACUCAGUGACCACAUUACAAAACUUCAGCAACAGCUUGAAAUUACAACAGAUAACAAGGUUAUUGAAGAAAAAAAUCAACUGAUACGGUAUCUGGAAUCUCAGCUAGAAUGUCUUAAGAGUGACCAAGAACGUAUAAAGAAAAAUAGUGAAGAAGAAAUAGAACAGCUCAAUGAUGUAAUUGAGAAACUUCAACAGGAAUUGUCGAGUAUCGAACAGAAGGCCCCAGUGGACUUCCCUUCUCUUCUGGAUGAGUCUGACAGCCUGAGACAGCAGCUGGAUACUCUGAGGACUGACAAAUGGGCUUUGGAGCAGCAGGUAGAGAGAACCCAUGAAGAGGCGGGCCUCACCCAGACAGCCCUUGAGGAGGCUUAUUUUCAAAUGAAUCGUCUGAAAGAAGAACUGAACACCUUGAAGGACGGAAAGCGUGACUGGGCACAGACUAGAAGUGCCCGGGACUUUAGGGAGGAUGACAACAAAAACCAGCCUGAGGACCUGCAGGGAGCUUUGGAGCCCCAGGAGAGCCAAGCCUACCUCCAGCCCCCCAAAUACAAGGGCAAAGACUCUGUGGGUGACCUGGAGCUGGUGCUACAGCAGCUUCAGGAGAAAGAGGCAGAGCUUACACGCUGCCAGCAGCACAUGGAGGACGUGAAAGAGCAAAGCCGGGCUGAAAGGGAAGCCCUUCACUGGGAGGUCAACAGCCUCCAGGAAAUGCUGGAAGAGAAAGUGGCUGCUCUUGUCGUGAGUCAGGCCCAGCUCAGAGCAGUUCAGGAGUACGCGGGCUCAUGGCAGCAAACACGAGCAGCAUCAGCAGAACACCCGGAAGAGGCAGCAUCCAAGCCAUCGGGAUUAACCGUCGGCAUGUCCCAAUGGGAAGGCCAUGUGGCUGAAACAGAUGCCAGUCUGCUCCCAGAGAAAGAGCAAGCAGACACUGCCAAGAACAAUAGAUGGGAGAAAGACUUUGAGAAGACUCUGGAGGAGAUGGAGAAGCAGCAGGAAGGGGAAGACACAGGAACAGCUGAGGUAAGAGAAACCAGUGGGGCACUUCAGGAAGAACUAAGGCAAAUCAAGCACCAGCUCAUGGAAGCUGAAAAAAAACUUGAAUAUUAUUCAAAAAAAGAAGGUGAACUCACAGUAUUAGAAAGCGAAAAGUCUUCAUGUGACAUUGGACAGCUUCUUGCUGAACAGGAUUCUCACCUUAUUGGUAAAAAUUCAUCAUCCCAAACAGAUAAACUCCUCCAAGUCAGUAGUGGCAAUCAGACCUCACAAGUUCCUGUUAAAAACACAGGAAUCCAAAGUGAUUUACAGAGCACCUGUUCAUCAGAAGAUGUCACUGAAAUAAUAAGACAGUUCACAGAAAAGAUCGACCAAAUGCAAGAACUCCACGCAGCAGAGAUCUUGGAUAUGGAAGCCAGACACAUCACUGAGGCUGAGAACUUGAAGAGGGAGCAGUUUGUGGCCGUUCAGUUACUGACCGAGGAGUGCAACACUCUGAAGGCCGUGAUCCAGUGCCUACGAGCCAGAGAGGGAAUUUCAGUUCCUGGAUCAACACACUCUGACUCUUAUCAGAGUAGAGAAAUGUGUUCCAGUGAUUCUGGAUCAGACUGGAGUCAAGGUGUCUAUCUUACACAAAGUCAAGGAUUUGAUACAGCAUCAGAUGGUCCAGGAGAAGAAGGUGAAAGUUCAACAGAUUCAUUUCCAAAGAAGAUAAAGGGGUUGCUGAGAGCAGUCCAUAAUGAAGGCAUACAAGUUCUCUCUCUCACUGAACCUCCCUAUAGUGAGGGUGAUGCCAGUUUUGCACAGCAAGCUUCAGAAUUUUGGCUGGAAGAAAGAAAAACUUACCUCAACACAAUCUCUUCUCUUAAGGACUUAAUUACCAAAAUGCAGGUGCAAAGGGAAAUGGAGCUUUAUGAGAGUUCUCAGUCCCAUGAGAAUCCUCCAGAUUGGCGAGGUGAAUUUCUGCAUGCCCUUCAGCAAGUCUUUCUAAAGGAACGAAACAUUCUGUUAGCCAUGUUUAAGACGGAUCUGACAGCUCUAGGUUUUAGAGAUGUCCCUGGAUUGCUAAACCAGUUGGAGCAGCGAUUACAAGAACAGGGCACUGAAUACAGAGCAGCCAUGGAGUAUAUUCAGGGUGCAGAUAGGAGAAGCUUGUUGACCGAGAUUCAAACAUUACAGGCUCAAAUAAAUAGUAAAAAAAUAACCAUGAAGAGAGAACAAGAGGGUGAUUCACAAAACCAAGAACUAUUGGAACCCAACAUGCAGCAGAAGCAGGCUCAGAUCCUGGAGAUGCAGGUGGAGCUGAGCUCGCUGAAGGAGAGAGCAGCCGAGCUUCAGGAGCAGCUCAAUUCUGAGAGAGUGAGGGCUGCCGAGCUCCAGGAUGAACGUACACAAGCCAAGCUGGAGCUGGAAACAACGCUCAAAGCCCAGCACAAACACCUGAAGGAAUUAGAAGCGUUCAGGAUGGAAGUCAAAGAAAAAACAGAUAAAGUACAUUUGUUAAAUGACACAUUAGCCAAUGAACAGAAAAAAACAAGAGAGCUUCAGUGGGCUUUGGAGAAGGAAAAAGCCAAGUUGGAACGUAGCGAAGAAAGGGAAAGAGAAGAACUUGAGGAUCUAAAAUAUUCACUGGAAGGUCAGAAACAAAGGAAUAUUCAAUUAAAUCAACUUUUGGAACAACAGAAACAGCUCCUAAAUGAUUUGCAACAGAAAAUAGUGUCCCAGGGAACUCUGUAUGAUGCCCAAAUAUCAGAGGAGCGAAGCCAAAAGUCAGAGCUUCAAGGACUACUUGAAUCAGAGAAAGUUCGAGUCCUGGAAAUGCAAGAGACCCUGGAAAGGGAGAGAGAAUUACAUGCACAGCUUCAGGCUCAUGAUGACCAUGAGCAAGAUAAGAUGUCCACAUCAGGGGAGGAAGUACUCAGAGAGCUGCAAAAACAAUUAUAUGAAAAACACAACCGCAUAGUAGAGUUGGUCAGUGCAAUUGAAAAAUAUAAGCUGGACUCUUUGCAAAUGAGACAGCAGGUAGAAAAAGAUAGACAAAUCCAUAGGAAGACCUUGAUCACAGAGCAACAGGCCAACACUGAGGGACUGAAAAAGAUACAUGAGCUACAGUCGAAAAUGGAAGACCUCCAUUGGCAGCUAGAAGAGAAAAGGCAACAAAUUUAUAAACUAGAACUUGAAAGGAAGAGAUCACAAGAAAUUAUACAGGAGCUUCAAAAACAAGAACGAGAGAAGGAAGAAAAAAUUGAAACUGGAAGAGUAUCAUAUCAGAAUCUCAAUGAGCCAACCACAUGGGACUCUUCCAGUGAUCGAACAAGAAAUUGGGUCCUCCAGCAGAAAAUGGAAGGAACUGAGAAAAAAGAAUCAAGUUAUCCCCCACUGAUUGAGAUGAAUGGGGAUGGGACAACUGAGGAUGAACUAGAGACCAUUAGACAAAAGCUGCAGCUCAUAUCAUCAAAACUACAGCAGCUGGCCCACAAAGCCUCUAGCAGGUUACAAUUUGAAGCAGCAGAUGAUGAAGAUUUUAUUUGGGUCCAGAAAAAUAUCGAUCACAUUCUUUUACAAUUACAAAAGUUUGCUGGAUUAUCCCAGCAAGGGGAGCCUACUUUAGCAUCACCAGGCAUUUCCUGUAGCUCAUUGACUGAAAGAUUGCUAAGACAAAAUGCUGAGCUGACAGGACUUAUCAGCCAUUUGACUGAGGAAAAGAAUGAUUUGAGAAAUGUGGUUAUGAAGCUGGAAGAGGAGAUCAGGUGGUUUCGACAGACAGGACCUUGUGGAGACUAUUCUUUACGACAUUCAUUCAAUCACGGUACUAAUAUUGAAGAAGUUAUAGCUUCUGAGAAAGAAAUCUGGAACAGAGAAAAGCUGGUUCUCCAGAAGUCCUUGAGACGGGCUGAAGCUGAGGUAUGCAAACUGAAGGCUGAGCUAAGGAACGAAGCUUUGUUACAAGACUUGAACCCCAAUUCAGAAAAUGCCACUUUAAAGAGAAUUUAUGGUAAAUAUUUGAGAGCAGAAAGUUUUCGGAAAGCUCUCAUCUAUCAGAAGAACUACCUGCUGCUGUUACUAGGUGGGUUCCAAGAAUGUGAAGAUGCUACUCUGGCCCUCAUUGCGCGAAUGGGUGGGCAGCCAUCCUGUACCGACCUAACAGUCAUCACCAACCAGUCCAAGGGUUUCACCAGGUUUCGGUCUGCUGUUAGAGUAUCUAUUGCAAUUUCAAGAAUGAAGUUCCUAGUUCGCAGAUGGCAUCGGGUAACAGGCUCCUGUUCCAUUAAUAUUAAUAGGGAUGGCUUUGGACAGAGUCCAGGUACGUUUUGGGCCACUUUAGGCACAGAAAAGAGCGAUCCAUUUUACCCUUCUCCUGGUGGCCUGGAGUUGUGUGGAGAACAGAGACAUUCCUCUUACCGGUCGAGGUCCGAUUUAGACUGCCCCAGGUCUCCUUUACACUUUCAGCACAGGUACCAAGGUCCCACAGCUGACCUCAAUCCUGGAUCCUUUGCAUGUUCUCAGCUCCAGAAUUAUGACCCCGACCGAGCCCUGACAGAUUAUAUCAGUCGGUUAGAAGCACUGCAGAGGAGACUUGGAAACGUACAGUCAGGGUCAACAACUUCAUACACCCAGUUCCACACUGGCAUGAGAAGAUAAUCCCUUGAAUAGCAUCAUCAGUUGUAAUGACUUUAAAUAAUUGCCUUUUGUAAAUUGCCGCAUCUUUUGUGCUUUUGUAUUGUGUAUAUUUAAUGGGACCAACAUGAACACAGCUCUAUGAUUGUACACAAUUCCCUUGCUGACACAUCUAAGCAAACUGGAAUUUAUGUAUAUAAGCACUGUGUGUUCAUGCACAACAAUCACUAAAUUACAUGUAUAUUUGUGGAAUGCUAAUUUAAAUGAUUAACUUAUGGAAGACUUGUGUAUUUAUCAAAGGAAUGAAGAGAUGAAACUUUUGCAUAUUAUUACUGAUGAAUGUGUAGCUUGAAGUGUCCUGUACUUUUAUUGCAAGACUACUGAAGUUACAUGAUUCUCUCCUAAUAUAUUUGCUACUGGCAGUUCAGACAGAAAAUAUCACUUGUAGAGACCUAUUUUUGUAAUGGUAGACGUUUUGAAUUUUACUGGGGGUAUUUUGUCAAAGUACUGAAAUAAAAACUUCAUUUUAAUCACUCGCGUAUUUUUUAAGCUGUUUAACUGGGGUUUUUUUGGUUUUAUUUAU